UGCAGGAAAGUCGAUUUUUGAAAUACCUUUUAUGACACAGUAACUAGUUUUAUCGAAUAAUACUAGGUGCGACAUCUACGGAAGAAACCUCAGUAUAUUUCGUCAUCCUUGACGAAUCAAGAACUCGGAGGAUAAAGUUCUGUUAUGCUGCCCGUUGAUGCAUCUUGUAUGUGAAUGAAGAAAACGAGUUGAACGAUAUUCGACUUAACCUGAAACAACUCGUAUCAUUCUCGUUUAUUUAUUCCUCGCUUACAUCAGUGUCGUUUUCUUACAAUACACGGAAAUUUUAAAUCUGUAAUUCAUCCUGACUCAUCAGUUUAUCGAUUCUUAUCUGAGUUGGCGCGCAAAAGAAAAGUGAUGCUGGUUUAGUUCAGUCCGUUGGAUACAGUGCUACUAAUUGCAUCGUCGACGUACAUUGGAAAAAAUUAUAGAGAUAUUCGAGCACUUGCACUGCUCGGGGUACGCAACCUGCUUGCAACGGUUGAUACUUGGAAUUCACCAUCAAGUGCAAGAUCUUCGACAACGCCCAUCCGCUGUCCCGUUCUUGAAACUCCUGGAUCGAGGCCAGAAGCGUAGUGCAAUCCGGGCCUUACAACCCCGGAAGGGUUCAUUUCAACGCCCGCGCGUUUCCUACGUCUGCCGAGUCAAUUCAUGGUCCUUCGAGCCGGAUUCUAGUGAUCUGUGUGGUGACAACAGUGCGCGUACUCGACAACAACCAGAAAGACCGCACACCACAUCAACGGGCAGUCCAGCCAAGCAACAGCCACCCUGAGCCGCAGUCCAGUCAGACCACGCUCAGCCGAAGACAACACGCAGCAACCGGAACGCAGUCAAGGUAGGCUUGUUUCUGAACUGUCAAUCAAAUCCCUUCUCAUUAUCUACUCCCACUGAGUCCCGUCCGUGACGCGCAGUAAAAUGGCAACCGACGACAAUAUUCAACAAAUCAUCCGAGACCUCAAAAUGAAGCGCCGCGUCUUCAAAUCGCAAAUGACGAACCUGUCGAAAUUUGUGACCGACUUUCGCGACUCCGACGGUGAACGCGCCAAACUCCGGAAUCGGGUUGAACGGUUGCGGAUCCAAUUCGACAGCUUCAACGACAUCCAGAACAAACUCCACGAAUACGAGGACCCCGACGAAAUCGAAGCCGAACGCGAGUCAACAACCGAAACAUACGACACGGUCAUCGCGAAUGCGGAAGUAUUGUUGGACAAAUUAGGUAAGGCCGACUUACAAUCGGUCUCCACCACUCGAGGCACCAUCAGUUCUCCUACACCGACCAUGUCCGGAACAACCCUUGGGGUACACUUGCCCAAAAUUGAUUUGCCACAAUUCGACGGCCGUCUCGAAAGGUGGAUCACUUUCAAGGACACGUUCCAAAACACCAUCCACGCACACCCGCAUCUCACCGACGUCCAGAAACUGAGCUACCUGCGACUUUCCCUAACCGGGAAGGCGGCGUCCGCGAUCGACUCGCUCCCGAUAAGCGAGAACAAUUACAAGGCCGCAUGGGAGCAGCUAGUAGAAGACUACGACAACACACGCGCUCUUGUACUUAGACAUACAUCACUCUUAAUAGAUACGCCCGCAAUGCCAGACAACUCCGCCGAUUCGAUCCGGGAUCUCGUGAACCACAUGCAGGCACAUAUUCGGUCAUUGCAAGCACUCGGACGGUCGAGGGAGAACAUCGCCCACGAUCUACUCACCAACAUCGCGAUAGCAAAGAUGAACCCCGAUACGCGCAAAACAUGGGAAACCACCCUAGUCGGCACAAACAUGCCAAACAUGCCCGCGCGUUUCCUACGUCUGCCGAGUCAAUUCAACGAAGUUUUGUUCUCCUGUCAGCUUCUUCGUCCUUGCGCUGAGUGAGUGCCUGGAUCAGCUUUUUCCGAUAUUCUGUUAUAGAUAUUAUCUGGCCUGUUGUUUCUCGAUAUAUAAAAAAAGAAUUUACAAUGACUGUGUUCAACAGAAGUUUGAGUGCUAAUUUUUUGUACCACUUCAUUGAUUUUCGUAAUGGGUUGCUGUAUGCGGUCAUUUGAUCAGAAAGGUCGAUCGAUUUUUUUCCUACGUUGUAAUCAAUUACAAUUUUAGGUUUAUGGAUGACUUGUCUUCUUUUGCGAACAGAUUCCAUUUCGGAAGAAUGUUUAGUGGAAAGUAAUAAUACGUCACGCUUUUCCUUCCAUUUUAAAAUCGUGAUUCCUUCCCGACUUUCUUGUGUAAAGCACUUAAACCUAAAUCAUGUGUGUCGCACGAAUUUGAUGCUAAAUCAUGUC